GAACUCAUGGCAUUGUGUUUGAAGGAUCUAGAAGAGAGAAAAGAGCAAGAAGCUGGUAACAGAAGGAGCAUAGAGCAGGCUGCUAAUGAUCUGAAGGCACAUGCCAUUAUUAGCAAAAAGCAGCUGUCAGACAGAGUGACUGAGCUCCAGUUGCUACUUCGGGAAGAGGAGCGUCUGGCAAAAAAUUUCAUUGAUGAAAAGGCUCAGCAAGCCCUUGAAGCACAUGAUCAGCAGUUGGAGUCCUGCCAGGAAAAGCUUGCAGCCAUGGAAACCUUGUCACAUCGUAUCAGACAAAUACAACAGUACAGUGAUCCUGUUGAGUUGCUGGAGAAGUACACAGAAAUCAAGAAGGAAAUGCAGGAGUCCAUGCACCUGUUAGAACAGUGGCAUCCGAUACCUCUCUCGUUUGAACACAUACUUAACCAUUAUAAGCACUUUGUGACAGUUCUUCAGUCCAUUCUACAGAAACCACUAGAAGUGCGGCUUAAAAAAGAUGUUUUCAGUAGCCUUACUGCCACUGCAAAGAGGGAUCCUGGAACAGUGUUGAAAACCCUGUCUCCUGUUGAUCGGCUGCUUUUCUUAAAAC